AUGGACUAUUAUAAUGGGUUGGAAUAUGGCCAGGUAAUUGGUAUGUUCUCUGAUCCUUAUUAUUGGUGGCAAAGCGGUGGAGCCUGGGGCUCCAUGAUCGACUACUGGUUUUAUAUGGAAAAUGAUACAUACAACGAUGUUUUAAAGCAGGCCCUACUUUAUCAGGUUGGCGAUAAUUGGGACUACAUUCCUGCCAACCAGUCCACAACAGAAGGUAAUGAUGAUCAGGGCUUUUGGGGGUUGGUGGUAAUGGCUGCUGUCGAACGAAAUUUCACCAACCCAGCUGAAGAUGAGCCUCAAUGGUUAUAUCUAGCCCAAGCUGUCUUCAAUAAAAUGGCUUUCAAUUGGGAUACUGAAUCUUGCUAUGGUGGACUAAGAUGGCAAAUUUUCCAAUGGAAUUCCGGAUAUGACUAUAAAAAUUCGGUAUCUAAUGGUUGUUUGUUUCAAAUUGGUGCAAGAUUGGCAAGAUAUACAGGUAAUGAUACUUAUUUAGAAUGGUGCGAUUUAAUUUGGGAUUGGAUGGUAGAUAUAAAUUUCAUCACAACCGAAAACUGGUGGUUUGUUUAUGAUGGAGCUACCAUCGGUGACGACAACUGUUCUACCACAGUUAAAUUGCAAUGGACCUAUAACCAGGGCUUGAUGCUAGGUGGAUGUGCUUACCUUUAUGACUAUACGGGAGAAGAAAAAUGGUUAAAUAGAACCCAGAGAUUAUUAGAUUCUUCAGUGGUUUUUUUCAACAACUCGAAUAACAUCAUGUUUGAAGCUGCCUGUCAAAAUGCUGGCACUUGUAAUACAGAUCAAAAGUCAUUCAAGGCAUAUUUUUCAAGGUUUUUGGGUCUAACUGCUAAACUAGUUCCACAAACUUAUGACCAAAUCAUGUCUUAUCUUGUACCAUCUGCUCUAGGUGCUGCUCAAUCCUGCUCUGGUGGUACUGAUGGCAAAACUUGUGGUAUUAAUUGGUUUCAUCCGGGUUGGGAUGGGAAUUGGGGUCUUGGGGAACAGAUGUCUGCUUUGGAAGUGAUUCAAAAUUUAAAUGUUAUAAACCGACCUGCUCCGUACACAGCAAAUACCGGUGGCUCUUCUAUAGGUGAUCCUUCUGCUGGAGUCAAUGAUUUACAUGGCUCAGCAGAGUCUGAGUUAUCAUUGUCAACAAAAGAUCAUGUUGGUGCUGCCAUAAUAACAGCUGUAGUUGGUUUAUCUUUAAUCUGUGGUUCAGUCUGGUUAAUAAUUUGA